AUUGCAGAAGGAUUUGUAAAAUUAAAUUGGGAAAGAAGUUUGGAGGAAGAAGCUAAGGAUUGGCUAAAGUCUCUAAUUGAUAGAAAUCUAUUUCUGGUUAGAGAAUACAAGAAGAAUGGAAAACCAAAAAGUUACAGCAUGCAUGAUAUGUUGAGGGAUAUAUGCAUCAAGAAAUCUGCUCAAGACAUGUUUCUGAAUGGUCCCAACAAGUUCAGAGUCUCUAAUCCACGACGCAUGAGUUUUCACAAAUUGGAAGAUGAUAAUGAUUCAACAGAGUCAAUGUCACUAAUUCGAUCUGUUAUAUGCAUUGGUUUUUGGAAUGCAGAGUUUCCGUUUGGUACAUUUUUAGCGGCAAUAUUGGUAAGGGUGUUGGACUUGGAUAUGCAAUGCAAUAGUUUCCCAACUGAAAUAUUUGAACUAGUCAACCUACGCUUCUUAGGUAUUGGGUUCUCCUCAAGGAUACCGAGAGGAAUAUCAAGAUUGUGGAAUUUGCAAUCCUUGAUUGCUCCUUAUUCCAAGUUUGAUGAGCCAGUUGAGCUAUGGAAGCUCUCUGAGUUAAGAAAUGUCAAGCUAUUUGGAUUUGAGUUGUUAAAAGAUGAGGAAAGGAAUUGUAGUGUCAUGAAGAAGUUGCAAAGGAUUUCAUUUAAUAUUUAUGAAAAAGAGGCAACAAUUUGGGAUGGUUUCCACAAAAGCAUUCCAAAUAUUAAAAAGUUGUGUGUUUAUGAUUUUGUCGAAAUUACACCGACGGCAAUGGAUCUUAGCCAACUUCACAAGCUCGAAAGUUUAAGAUGCUCUGAUAUCAAAAGUAUAUCCUCUCCAGACGGUUUCGGUCGUCGUUUUAGAGUUAUAUUUCCUUGUAAUAUUAGAAAACUAGUUCUGCUUGAAUGUGAAAUGAUUUUGGGAGCGUGGAGGACUCUGUGUGCACUACAUAAGCUGGAAGUGCUCCGGAUAAUUGACUGCAAUUUUAAAAGCAAGGAGGAGACAUGUGAUGAAGAGCGGGAGGCAGCGGAUGGAGAUGAGUUUGAAAGCGAGGAGGGGACAUGUGAUGAAGAGUGGGAGUUAGCAGAUGGAGAUGUGUUCUGUUCACUGCAAUUUCUAUCUCUUCAAGGUUUGAAUGUUGUGCAUUGGUUAGCCGAUGAGACCAACUUCCCUAGACUCCGCCACCUCAGUUUAUAUGGCUGCGAUGAUCUAGAAGAAAUCCCAAGCGGCAUUGGAGAAAUCCCAACACUCCAAUUAAUUGAGGUAGAAUAUUGCAGCGAAUCUGCAGUGGACUCAGCAGAAAGGAUCAAGGAGGAGUAAUCUGAAAAUGGAAACGACGAUCUCGAACUUCGCAUCUUAAGGUGUGUGAAGAAAAAUCGCUAGAUCAAGGAAGUGUUGAAGGAGAUGGUCUAG